UGGGCUAUCGGUAGGCUAAAUGGCUUGCAUGGUGUAUUUGUUGCCUAGGUGGCGUUAACAGUCAGGAAGUCAUGUCCAGAUCCGGUGAUAGAACCUCCACCUUUGACCCUACACACAGUGACACCCUGCUGCACGGGCUCAACCUGCUAUGGAGGAAACAGCUUUUCUGUGAUGUGACUCUCACUGCCCAGGGACAGCAGUUCCACUGCCACAAAGCCGUGCUGGCAUCCUGCUCACAGUAUUUCAGGUCUCUCUUCUCCAGCAGUCAUAUGCUCAACAACGAGGGGACCAACAACAACAAGGACCAGGGGAGCAGUGGUACCCCGUCUUCCUCCCCAGAUGACAAGCUGAUGGCCAGCCCCCGGUCCAUCAACAACUUAGUCCUUCAGGGCUGCUCCUCCAUCGGACUACGGCUAGUGCUGGAGUACCUGUACACUGCCAAUGUCACGCUCUCCCUGGACACUGUGGAAGAGGUGCUCUCGGUCAGCAAGAUCCUCAACGUCCCUCAGAUCACCAAGCUCAGCGUGCAGUUCCUCAACGACCAGAUCUCUGUGCAGAACUACAAGCAGAUCUGCAAGAUCGCGGCGCUGCACGGCUUGGACGAGACCAAGAAGCUGGCCAACAAAUACCUGGUGGAAGAUGUGCUGCUGCUGAACUUUGAGGAGAUGUGCGCCAUGCUGGAUGCUCUGCCGCCCCCGGUGGAGUCGGAGCUGGCCCUCUUCCAGAUGUCGGUCCUCUGGCUGGAGCAUGACCGGGAGACUCGCAUGCACUACGCCCCGGACCUGAUGAAGAGGCUGCGCUUCGCCCUCAUCCCGGCCCCAGAGCUGGUGGAGAGGGUGCAGUCGGUUGACUUCAUGAGGAGUGACCCUGUAUGCCAGAAGCUGCUGAUGGACGCCAUGAACUACCACCUGAUGCCCUUCAGACAGCACUGCAGGCAGACCACAGCCAGCAGGAUUCGUUCCAAUAAGAGGAUGCUGUUGUUGGUGGGUGGCUUGCCUCCUGGACCUGAUCGACUCCCCAGUAAUCUGGUCCAGUACUACGAUGACGAGAAGAAGACAUGGAAGAUCCUCACUAGUGAGUAG